AUUCGAUCAUUGCCUUCAAAACUAUAAUUAGAUUGAUGAUAAUAAUGAUUACGCCAAUUUUUUAGAAAUAAUAAUUAUCUAAUAUAUUUUUUCUGCUCAAUCAUCACGUUUAUUUUGUUUUUUUUUCUAUUCUUAAUGAAUGGCUUUCAAACAAAGGAUACAAUCAUUUUAUGAUCUGAUUUAUGAAGAACGUUUAGAGGUAGUAUCAGCUCUUGACAUAAGCCGAUUGCGAAAGAUCUGUUUUGAAUCAGGAUGUCCUGAUGAUGAUAAACAUAUCCGUUCAAUUGUAUGGAAGAUACUACUCGGUUAUUUGCCCAUCAACCGAAAUGAAUGGAACAAUUGUUUACAACAAAAGCGCCAACUUUAUCAAGAAUUUAUUCGUGAUCUGAUAAUUGAGAAUAGUAGCAUUGGGCAAUCACAAGAUGAUCAUCCUUUAAACACUGAUCCGAAUAGUCAUUGGAAAAAUUAUUUUCGUGAAAAUGAAAUUCUUCAACAAAUUGAUAAAGACGUCCGUCGUCUUUAUCCAGACAUAUCAUUUUUUCAGCAAAAAAUUGCUCGUAAAUUCGAUUCUUCUGACAGUGAUAUUCUUUCUGGACGUAUGAACAAUUCGGCUCAUAGUAUCGAUGUUAUCAAGGAUUGUUUCGGAAUGACCGAAAUACGUAAAAACAAAGUGUACGAUCAAAAUCAAUAUAUUGAUCCCAUGGCAGCUGAUUCGAAUGACGGAGAAUUUCAUUGGCAGGUUGUGGCUAGAAUAUUAUUCAUAUAUGCUAAACUUAAUCCUGGCCAAGGUUAUGUUCAAGGAAUGAACGAAAUCAUUGGACCAAUAUAUUAUGUAUUUUCAAAUGAUUCUAAACUGGAAUGGCGUACUCAUAGUGAAGCCGAUACAUUUUGGUGUUUCACCAGUCUAAUGAGCGAGAUUCGUGACAUUUUCAAUAAACAUGCGGAUUCUGAUCGUUCAUCCGGUAUUGUAAGUCGAAUGGAUCGGCUAGUACAAAUAUUGAGCAAAGAAGAUCUGGAAUUGUGUCAACGGAUAAAUUUAAUUCAGGGAAUUAAGCCUCAUUAUUAUGCAUUCCGUUGGAUAACAUUGUUGCUAUCACAAGAGUUUCCAUUGCCUGAUGUUCUUCGUCUUUGGGACUUUAUGUUUUCUGAUGAGAAUCGAUUUGAUUUUCUUCUUAAACUUUGCUGUUCAAUGAUUAUAAUACUACGUGACCAAUUGAUGAGUGGAGAUUUCGCAAACAAUAUGAAAUUGUUACAGAAUUUUCCAGAUUCUAUCGAAAUAACAUUUAUUGUUGCUCGCGCCAAAACUAUACAGACUUCUUAGCCCUGAAGUCUAAUCUGUAAUUUUUAUACAAAUUUUCUAUCAACCCGUUGAGUCCGCUUAUUUUCUAUAACAAAAAAUGCUCCAUUCUUUUAUUUUUAAUGAAUAG